CUGGCAAAGGCAGACGUUGAGCCUCCAUUGAUCCGCCCCCCGGUGACAAACUAUGACUCUCUAAUUUCAUAUUAGAGGACGAUUUUCUAAGAACCUCCAAGAUGUUGGGAGGGUUGUUCAUUUACAACCACAAGGGAGAGGUACUCAUAUCCCGAGUGUACCGUGAUGACAUUGGGAGAAAUGCGGUGGACGCUUUCAGAGUGAACGUGAUCCAUGCUCGGCAGCAAGUCCGCUCUCCAGUCACUAAUAUUGCUCGCACUAGUUUCUUCCAUAUUAAGAGAGCGAAUAUCUGGGUCGCUGCAGUAACAAAACAAAAUGUCAAUGCUUCGCAAGUUUUUGAAUUCCUACUGAAAAUGCUGGAGGUGAUGAGCAGCUAUUUUGGAAAGAUCUCGGAAGAAAAUGUUAAGAAUAACUUCGUCCUCAUUUAUGAGUUGCUUGAUGAAAUCCUGGACUUUGGUUACCCUCAGAAUACUGACACUGGUGUCCUAAAAACUUUCAUUACUCAGCAGGGAAUAAAGACAGCCACAAAGGAAGAACAAUCUCAGAUUACUUCACAGGUCACUGGCCAGAUUGGAUGGCGCCGGGAGGGCAUCAAAUAUCGUCGCAACGAGCUCUUCUUGGAUGUUAUCGAAUAUGUUAAUUUGCUGAUGUCUCCUCAAGGGCAGGUAUUGUCUGCUCACGUAGCUGGAAAGGUUGUGAUGAAGAGCUACUUGUCAGGGAUGCCAGAGUGCAAGUUUGGCAUUAAUGAUAAGAUAGUCAUGGAUGCCAAGAGAGGUUCGGGUGAUGAGAGUCAGCGAUCGGGAAAGACCAGUAUUGCCAUUGAUGACUGUCAGUUCCACCAGUGUGUGAAGUUGUCCAAGUUUGAGACUGAACAUUCCAUAUCUUUCAUCCCCCCUGAUGGGGAGUUUGAGUUAAUGAGGUACCGCACAACAAAAGAUAUUUCCCUCCCAUUCCGAGUGAUCCCCCUUGUGCGUGAGGUUGGUCGUACUAAGAUGGAGGUGAAAGUAGUCAUCAAGAGUAACUUCAAACCCUCUCUCUUGGCUCAAAAGAUUGAGGUGCGCAUCCCAACUCCUCUGAAUACUUCAGGCGUUCAGCUCAUCUGUAUGAAAGGGAAAGCCAAGUACAAGGCUUCUGAAAAUGCUAUUGUUUGGAAGAUUAAGAGAAUGGGAGGUAUGAAGGAAUCCCAAAUUUCAGCUGAGAUUGAAUUGUUGCAAACUGAUACGAAGAAGAAAUGGACCAGACCUCCCAUAUCCAUGAACUUUGAGGUACCGUUUGCCCCGUCUGGCUUCAAGGUUCGCUACCUCAAGGUGUUUGAGUCGAAGCUCAACUAUUCUGACCAUGAUGUAAUCAAAUGGGUGCGCUACAUCGGACGGUCGGGACUCUACGAGACCAGAUGCUAAUGCCAUGUAGCUUGGUUUAUGUCGAGAUCAGUAGUUCAUGGUACUCUGCAGCAUUGCUGUUAUAUAUAUAUAUAUUUUUAUUUUUUAUUUUAUUUUUAUUUUAUUUAGUAUUUUUAAAAAUUAUUUAUUAUUAUUAUUAUUAUUUUUAUGAGAUAGGUAUUUGGCUGGCGAGCUAUUCCAUUUAUUUGACCAUAUUUAAAUGUUAUGAUUCACCUAUAUUUCUUUUUCUUGCUUUAGAGGGACAGAACAAAGUAAUUUGCCACUAGUGUCUAAUUACAUAGUUUCACAAGUUAAUUUGUUAUAAAGCAUUGGAAAUUUCUUUCAUUGGUAAAUUAGUGGUCACAUGUAUUCUUUCUAGUAGUCGUAAUUUUUUUAUUUUGGCAGGUAGCAUAUCAAAGUCAAUGAUAGAUCAGAAGAUCAUAUCCAGAAUGAAAGUCGUCAUUUACUUUGUUUUUUAUUAUUUUCCGAAGUUGUUAGCCAAGUUUAAACCGACGUAAGAUGUGUUCAUCGAGAACAAUAAGAAGAUAGGAUUAGAGGUUGUUGUUAUUAGUAGUUGUUCAUUAAUUGCAUGUGUAAAUAUAUAUAAUAUAGAUUUAUUUAGUCAUUUAAUUUUUAUUUGAAAACUAUAGGUUCAUUUAUCAGUUAUGAUACCAGUGUAGAAUUAGCCAGUGAAGUUGAUAACUAUGGACAUUCCCCCCACUUUGUCUAGCAGUUUUUUGUUUUGUUUUGUCUUUUUCCUUCAGUAUUGUCAUGUAUCUCCGUCAUCAUAUUGUGGAGGAUGUCACAUCCACAGGUGUUCCAUGUUUAUAUGGUAAGAAAACGAUAGGUGUGAGAAAGAUGGUGGAUUUUGCUAAAUGACUUUGAAAAAGUGUUCUGUCAAAAAUAAUUGAGAAGUCUGUUGUUAUGUUUGUCUGUUUUUGUUGUUGCUUACAGUAGACUGUUUGGAAAAUGAACAUUUUUAUCAUAUAUAUUUUUUUUAUUUAAAGGAUUUAUAUUAAUGUUAAAUGAUUUGGAGGAGAAAAAUAUUUGAUCAACAUCUCAAAAGUUUUACCUUGAUUUUACAUGGCUUGGUUACUCCCAAGAUUGUUUACAUAAAAUCUCUUAUUGCAUGUGUUUUGAUUUAUAUUAAUUGCUUUCUAACAGUGGGCAAAAGAAAUUUACUUUCCAAUCCUUCUAAUUGGGCUUUAAGGCAUCUUCUCCUUAACAUUAGAUAUUUUUUAUUUAUUUAUUAAUUUUCUUUUCGUUUGUUUUUGCUUUGGCAUGGUAAGACAUAGCUUUGGUGUAAUGUGACUAAAAAAUGAGCAGUGGAAGUUUGGCUGAUACCUUUUAACAGGUAACCUCUUCUCUCUGUCGGCCAGGCAGUUUUAUCAAUUCUUAAUUAUUAUUAUUAUUAUUAUUAUUACUACUACUAUUAUUUUAAUUUCAUUAGUUUGAAUAUGAAUAAACAAAAGAGUAGAUCCUUAGAAAAAUGAAAUACAAAAGACUAGAACCUUUUCUAAAUGCAUUUGUAAGAUUCAUCAUACAAAACGGUUAUAUAUAUCAUUAUUUGACUUAGUGCCCAUGAAUCAGAAUUCAGGGUAAUUAUACAUUACUUGUCACAUGAUAAUUCCAAUAGUUGCAGUUUAUUAUGAGAUUUUUCUCCUCUGAUAAGACAAAAGAAAAAAGUUGCAUGGUUCUUGCCUGGUCAGCAUGAAUUCUGCCAAACUGUCGAGUCCCGGCUGGCCGAUGUUGUGCGCCCAGGUGAUGACGUCAUGGUCUAUUUAAGUUUCAGGAUGGCAGUGAUUUUAUUAUCAUUAUUAUAAUUAUUACUGCAUUUUCCAAAAUUGCCCCCAUCACCUUCCAAGUGUAUUGAUCCAUCUCUUCUCUUACGUGUGGGUUGGCAUAACCUGGCUCGUGACCCCCCUUUUCCCACUACCAUCACCACCAUGUUUUGAUGGACCUCAGCCUUGAUUUACAACCGCUGGUCAUGUAGUUUUAGAGGAACAAAAGUACUCCUCCAUGUCUUGUGCCUUUUAUUAUGAUCCUUAAUGUGGUGAUGUAAAAGUCUGUGGGUGUGAUGAAUGUGGAAAUUUGUUAUGCCAUAGGUUUGGAGGGAAGGUUUCCAUGGAAUAAAGACUAUUGAUUGUUGUAGAAGUGUGAUGUGAAUCAUUUAACAACAACAACAACAAAAAGUUUGUAUCCAAGGACAAAAAUGUUUAGGAUGUUUUGUAAACUUGACAAAAUUAUGGUAUUUAUGAUAUUGCCAAAAUUUAUAACUAAAUUUUUUUAUAAAGUGUAUUGCAUUUGCUGUGAAAACUUUUGAAUCAUUUGAUUAUUUGUCAAUAUUUUGGUCUUGGUUCAGUCUAUGUCAGUAAUAGAUAAUAGUAAUAUGAUGAGAUUUAAAAAUAAAACCUACUUAUUUUGUAUAUAACAAGAUGUUCCUUUUCAAGUAGAAUGAAGCACUACUAGUUUUAUGACGAACAAGUAGAAUCAAGUGUGCUGUAAUCUUAACAAUUAUUUCUGAAAAUAAGAAAUCCAAUGGUAAAGUGAACAGCUGAAUUACCUUUUCAGUUUUCCACAACUCUUAACUUGUAUUUUUAGCAGAUGAUGGAUCACCAAGAUUUUUUUUUAUAUAUACACAAAGAAGAAUGCCAAGACAAGUGUAUCACUGACUAUAUAGUCUUUUCUUUUGAAAUUUGGUACAAAAGUGCAUUGCAAGUUUUCUUCUAUUAAAACUUUGACACUGAACAUGUCAAGUAACAAUAGGAAUGAAUGUUCAUUAGCCCAUAAAAUGAGAUGGAUUAUAAAAGAAAAAAAUAUAUAUUCUAAUUAAAUAUAUUUAAACACUGUUGAGAAAUACUUUCCUCUUCAGAGAAGUUUUUACUAAUUUUACUUUCUGAAAUGUUUUUCAGAUUUUUACCUUAUCAAGCAAAUGCUACAAAAUUAUAUCCUCUGACUGGUGUGGCUUUCUCUUUCUUACUAAUAUUAAUACUAAUAGGUAAUAGGCAAUUAGGCAAACAGGUAGACUUGGUGUUUGCUUUGCAUGGGAAAUUCUUAGUGGAGAGACUUGCUUUUUGAAAUUUAGAUCAUAACAUCUUGAAAGGAGAGGCUGACUGUAGUUCUGCUUUAAUGGGUACAGGAAAUAUAUCCAUAGCAGUCCAAACUUUCACCUUCUAUAUAUACAGAUGUAAUAUAUUAUGCCAUGAGGAAUACAAGGACAGGCAGACCCAACGCAGACAAGAACUCAAAUUUACACACCGAUAUUCACAUAUGCACAUUUAUUUAUUUGAAAGUCCUCAGCUCUUGAAGUUUGCAUACAUAAACAAAGCAGCCAUGACAGAAUGCAACACGACAUAAUCAUCCAAUAUAUUAAUUUCAGGAAACGUGUCUUGGCUGUUACCCAUAUUCCCCCCCCCUUUUGUUUUCUCACUCUUCUACUUUUGAUAUCAUCUUGGUGUGGUAUAACCAAGCACAGUAUUUGGACAAAAUCAGGAAGUUAAUCAUUUCUGUGUGAAUUAUUUAAUAGUGUUUAUUUAAUCCUCUGUAGAAAGGUCAUUUUUCUCAGCUGGGACUAGUCAUGUCUUUGCUAAAUUAUUUGAAAAUGGUGUGGCUAAAGAUUCUGAAAUGAAACAGUAUUGUGUUCUCAGCCAGUUUUCUUGGAAAAAAAAGAAGACAUGGAAAAAUGAGUGAGAGCGACCAGUUUCACAAAGCAAGUGAUGUAACUGACGCAUAUUGAUGUUACAUUGCUAACAAAAUUACGUUAUAUUAUUCUAAUGGGAAUGCAACAUUAAAAUGUAUCAGUUACACCUUU